AUGUCGCUGAGAAUGCCUAGCCAGCCCAACGCGGGCUUAUUUAAGCAGGGAUACCAGACCCACGCCAGCACAGACGGUGCCAUCAACAGAAACAUCCAGGCUUGCAGAGAGCUUAGCUCGAUGAUCUCCACGUCGAUUGGCCCGUGCGGCAAGAACAAGAUCAUCGUGAACAGACUGGAAAAGGUGUCCAUCACCAACGACGCAGCCACGAUGAUCAGAGAACUCGAGGUGGUGCAUCCGGCCGUCAAGGUGAUGAUCAUGUCGUCCGAGCAGCAGGAAGAGGAGAUGGGAGACAACACCAAUUACGUGUUGGUGUUGGCGGGCGAGUUGUUGCAUCUCGCGGAAAAACUCGUGGUCCUGGGCCUUACUCCUACAGAAAUCAUCCAGGGAUACAAUCUGGCCAACAAGUUUGCCUUGAAGGAGCUGGAGAACCUUGUUUUGGACAAAAUCUCCGACAUCUACUCCAAACAAGAGCUUUUGAAAAUAAUUAAGCCUGUGAUCGCGUCGAAACAGUACGGAAACGAGGACAAAAUCAGUAAUUUGGUCGCCGACGCAAUCAGCAGCGUGAUUCCAAAAACCAACCCUAAACUGUUCAACGUGGACUCCAUCAGAGUGGUGAAGAUCAUGGGUGCUUCGCUCAACAGCUCGUUCGUGCUCAAAGGUAUGGUUUUCCCAAGGGAGCCAGAGUCCCAUCUUAAAAAGAUCACAACUACAUCCAAGGUUGCCAUUUUCACGUGUCCGAUCGACAUUUCCACCACAGAGACCAAGGGAACCGUUUUGUUGCACAACGCCGACGAGAUGCUCGGCUUCAGCAAGGGAGAAGAGGCCCAGCUGGAGCAACUUGUCAAGGAGAUCCACAACUCCGGUGUUCGUGUUGUUGUGGCCGGUGCAGGUGUUGGUGAGCUGGCGCUCCAUUACCUUGACAGAUACGGAAUCUUGGUUUUGAAGGUGCCGUCCAAGUUUGACCUAAGAAGAAUCUCGAGAGUCUGUGGCGGUACUCCGCUGGCCAGACUGGGAGCCCCAAUGCCCGAGGAGAUGGGCACUGUGGACGUUGUUGAGACAAAGGAGAUCGGAGGUGACAAGGUGACCAUUUUCCGUCAGGACAAGGAGUCCUCGUUGACGGCGUCGAUCGUCGUUAGAGGAGCCACCAAGAACAACCUGGAGGACGUGGAGAGAGCCAUUGACGACGGUGUUGCUGUGGUGAAGGCCAUUCUGAAGGACCCAAGACUGCUUCCUGGUGCUGGAUCCGUGGAGGCCGAGCUGGUGAAACGGAUCACCACCUACGGAGAAAAGACUCCUGGUCUGAUGCAGCUUGGAAUCAAGAAGUUUGCCGAAGCGUUUGAGUUUUUGCCACGGAUUCUGUGCGAGACGUCUGGUCUGGACGCCUCGGAAGUGCUUCCAAGACUGUAUGCGUCGCACGACGAGUCCGACGCCGAGUCGCUCAAGUACGGAAUCGACAUCGAGGCGGAAUCUGUGAGUGAGUCGCUUCUGGACGUUAGAGAACACAAUAUAUACGACUCUCUGGUGUGCAAGCGCAACGCCAUCAACCUGGCCACGGAGGCCGUUUGCACGGUGCUGAGCGUCGACCAGAUCAUCGUUGCCAAGCGUGCGGGAGGCCCUGCCAUGCCUCAGCAGCCAAAACCUGGAAACUGGGAUCAGGCUGAUUAA